AUGCUGGAGUUACAGUCGAUAGCAGAGCCACAAGAAGUAGGAGAGACAACUGCUACUACAUCAUCCUUGACUGAUUCGACGACAACGACGACGACUGGCUUCGACCGUUUCACCUCCUUUUUAAAAGGAAUUCCAGGUAUCAAUUUGGGAUUUGAGGAAGCAAAUGAGUGUACUGAACCGACGACAAAAAACAACAGUGCCGAACUGCGUGAGGUUGUCGUUUUAGGGAGACACUUUACAAUUCAAGACAAAGCGAAUGACUACAUACACUCUUUGUUGUGGCUCUCUUAUCGCUGUGGUUUUACCCCCAUCCCCAAAGUCGUGGACGGACCGCAGCCAGUUACAUUCUUUCCAUCCCUCUUAUUUAGCAAGCUGACGCUAAACAAUGUUGGCAAUUUGCGGAGCUUGUUUGACAAUGAAAAUUUCACAAGUGAUGCCGGAUGGGGGUGCAUGAUACGAACGUCGCAAAAUCUACUAGCAAAUGCGUUACUAAAGUUGAAAAAUGAACCAGAUGAGACUGCUCAAUUGGAAAUCCUUAAAUUAUUUCAAGAUAACCCCAGCUCUGCCUUUUCCAUCCACAAUUUCAUACGAGUGGCUAGCAACCUGCCAUUGCUGGUCAAGCCAGGCCAGUGGUUUGGACCCAAUGCGGCUUCUUAUUCAAUAAGACAGCUUGUGGCUGAUUACACAGGUCAAGCUUCGUCUACUAAAGUUCCGUGUGUUUAUAUUAGUGAAAAUGCCGACCUAUAUGACGAUGAAGUCGAUGACUUGUUUGUAAAGGAAAAAAAGCCCCUUCUUUUAUUAUUUCCUGUUCGGUUGGGCAUUGAUCAAGUUAACAAAUAUUACUACAGGAGUAUCCUACAAUUAUUGGCGUCUAAAUUCUCCGUUGGUAUUGCUGGAGGCAAGCCAUCCUCCAGCUUUUACUUCAUAGGGUACGAGAAUGAGCAGAGUCUAAUUUAUUUUGAUCCACAUUUACCACAAGUUGUUGAGACGCCACUCAAUCUUGCUAGUUAUCACACAUCAAACUACAACAAGCUCGAUAUAACAUUGCUAGAUCCAUCCAUGAUGGUAGGGGUCCUCCUUGAAUCUAUGACAGACUAUAAAGAGUUUAAACAAGAAAGCAUUGAAAACAAAAUUAUACAUUUCCAUCCUUUGGUGAGUACGUCGCAGCAGGACUUGACGUUGAACCAAUCGUGGGAGGAAGUUCAGGAGGAUGAUGAUUUUGUCAACUUGACUGUGCCCAAAAGCGAAGAAGAGUUUAUUGUUUUGGAGGAAUAG